AUGAUUCCACAGCAACAAAGCUUUGACAGUACAUCCGAUCCCGUCGUGGGUGUGAGCCGGCACCUCGCGAAACGUUCGGAUGGGACGCUUUGCAUGGUGGUGGUUGACCCUGCUACCCGAAAGCUUUUGAUCCCCUGCAACUGCAUAUACCCCACCCGGGCGCAGCAGCGUGCCACAAUUCCAAGCCUGUGCCAGUUGUUCCUUCAAGGUCGGUGUCGUCAAGGCCCGCAGUGCCACCAGGUUCACGCGAGCGUGGAUGCGGUUGUGGCACUGCGAAGUCAAGUGGGAAGUCUUCCGUGGUGUUGCACUCUGCACGGAGACAGAGACCACGCUAAUGCGAUGAAUGAGCGCUCAUGGCUUUCAAAGGUGGUGCUGUACAUCCCUGAAGUUAGCUUUGAGGGUGGUUAUGUUCCGCUGAGGCGUCUCAGUUACACUCCUUCUCUACGACGUAUACUGAAGGAGAGACCGGAUCGUUUGAUGCCAGAAGUUGAUGAAAAAGACAUUGGCGACAAAGCUGGUGCGCGAGGUGAAGGAUCUCGUUUGGUGCUAGAUGCAAGUGACCAACCUAUAUGCCGUCUGCACAUUUUUGACCGAUGCCGAUAUGCGGACGACUGCAGAUUUUUGCACUUGUGCAAGGAAAUAACAAAUUCCUACUUCACUUCUCAGGACGCUGGGAACGCCAAACCAGCUUCCCGGGGUCAGCAAAAUACAUCUGUAUUUACUUCCGUGUCGCGGCAGCAGAAGCUUCGAGGGUAUCCGCUGCAAUACUCAGCAAAUGAAUCUGUGCCGAGCAAUGCACCUUCUCAGGUCUGGUCAUUUACCUGCCAGAACACGUGGGAUGUGUCUGCGGCUUCAUCCUGGCCCAUGUAUCCCGCACCUGAAUUGGCAGAAGUCACAGCUGCAAGAGGAGGAGCAAGGGCCGCGAUGAUGGUCCAGCAAGUACCACCACCAAGUCCCACCCCAGUGACGCCAAAUGGAAGUUUCUGUGCACCAACUGUGGAGGGCAGUGUGCAGGGUUUGUCGUUUCCAGAGAAUGCCUACAUGAACGGAUCAUACACUUUAGAGCCAACGUUACUGGUCGCAAAGACGCCCCCGUGUGCAAAUGCGCAUAGAGCAUCGUCGAGUAUCAAAGUUUCAUUAAGUUUGCUUGAAAGUGACGGUGAAAUGGACGCCGAUCGCCCAGCUUGGGACGAAGAUUCCCCGUCGUCGUCACCAGACGGUGUUUCGGGGCUUCCUGCAGUUACAGGUGGAACUGCCUCGAAGCGCCAUUGGCAGCACAACCCAUACCGUGCCGCAUCACUUUUUACCUGA